AUUAUUUUUCUACGAUUUAAAUAAAAUAAUGUUCAAAAGUGAUUCCCAGUCCACAACCUUGUCGGAUUUGAUCAAGCGAGGUUUCUUUGAAGCUGUUUAUGCGAGCAGUAAUCCUAAUUCCAGUGAUAAUUCCCCAAGGCGUGGUGCGUGUGAGCCUGUGGAAGAGAAGCGUAGGGUUUGUCCGCCGCCAGUGCCGACGUGUUCUGUCGCAAACCGUGGGAAAACCGGGGCUGGUGUAUCCGGUUCUCGUAACCAGACGCAAGGCGACCCUAGCGGGCUGCCCUCGGGUGCAACCAACCCGGGUUUACUCAGAUACAUCCACAGCGCAGCUCGCUACAGGAUACCCCAGUGCUUUGAGGGCGCUUCUCUCUGUGUUAAACAGGAUAAUAAUGAAAAUUGGAUGCUCGGUCACUCUAUGGCCUUCAGUUCAGUAUCGCCGGGUGGUUACAAGCUUCUACUUUCCUACAUGGACAAAAGCAAACCGUCAAACCUGCCUUACUUUGUAAUGGAGGCGGCGCCAGGCGGACAGAUGAGCUGCGAGGCUCGGGUCGGGCCCUCCGACAGUACUCGGGCCUCAGUGGUUGUGCAAAUCGCUGACCGCGAGAUUUACAGCUUUGAAAGCAUUUUUGACGCCUAUUUUACCAAUUGCACGGCUUCUGUGAUUGCUGUCAAUAAGGAUUUCAUUGCUCUACAUUUUCUUCAGGCGAUAACGGAUAGAAUAUCACUGGGGGCCGAGUUCGUAUCCCGCGUACAAGCGACGGAGCUGAGCUCAGCAUCAGCCGCGGCACGCUAUAUGACAAAGCAGUAUUCAGCUAGCGCUACCCUGGGUAGUCGUGGCUUGGACCUAUGUUAUGCGCAAGCCAUCGCGCCGCACCUCACCGUCGCGGGGAUGUUUGAGGUUGGCUUUGCAUUUCGCCGUGCGGUAGCAACCCUGGCCUACGAAUGGCGCGCGGACGAGUGGACGGUCCGAGGCUCGGCCGACUCGGACGGCCUAGUCGGCGUGACGCUGCAGCGCGCCCUGGGCGGCAAGCAGGCCAAGCUGGCUUGCGAAAUAUCGGCGUUGCUCAACCACCCUAAUAAUAAGUUCCGGCUCGGCUUCGGAGUGACUGCUGCUGUUAGCUAG